AUGGUGAAGGCGAUGCAUAUAGAAUUUACGAGACCGUUCGUCACAGCCCGACCAGUACCACUGCCUUCGGACGCUGCAUUUGUGGUUGUGCAUAGCGGCAUCAAGUCAAAAAAGGCCGUUGGCAACAAGUUCAACCACCGAGUAGCUGAGUGCCGUCUGGCUGCCAGGAAUCAUAUUCCAUGUUUAAAUGGUAAUGUCAAUCCGAGUGGCUCACUCGUAUUCUUGCCAGAUUUGGCGUCUCGUUAA